CGAAUAGCAGGUUAGGUUGUGCUAUAAACUAAUUCAGCUGAUGGGGAUCUGGCACUUUUAACAGAAUUUGUCAGUGACAUCGUGAAUGUAUGAACUUGGACGAUGGCUGUGUCAGUGGGCGAGAACCAGCUACAGAGGAUUAUCAGAGAUCUGCAUGAUGCAGUUUCAGCGCUGAGCAAGGAAUAUACAGAAAAUGGGGAACCAAUCACUGAUGACAGCACAAGUCUACAGAAGUUCUCAUACAAAUUAGAGUACCUGUUACAAUUUGACCAGAAGGAAAAAACAACAUUUCUGGGUACAAGAAAAGACUACUGGGAUUACUUCAGUGAAUGUCUGGCCAAGAUAAAAGGAGCGAAUGACGGAAUCCGGUUUGUGAAGUCUAUCCUAGAGCUGAAAACGUCUCUUGGUAAAGGAAGGGCUUUUAUUCGGUAUUCUCUUGUACAUCAGCGACUAGCUGACACCCUUCAGCAGUGUUUGAUCAAUGUAAAGGUCACAAGUGACUGGUAUUGUGCACGAAGCCCUUUACUGAAACCUCACCUGAAUGCUGACAUAAUUAAUCACCUGUACGAAUUGAAUGAAAUUCAGUUUGACAUAGCUUCGAGGGGUCAUGACCUAGAUGCUGCUUGGCCAACAUUUGCAAGGAGAACACUGGGAUUGGUCAAUUCUCCAACCCACGUCUGGAAACCACCAAGUCGCAGUUCCAGCAUAAACAGCUUGGUUAGCAGUUAUUCACAGGCACAAGACAAUCCUUCAAGUCCAGAUUUUAACCACUCUUUAAUGAGCGAGCCAAUAAGCAUAGUGGACGAGCUGCGCAUUGAACUUGACCAGUCGGAAAUAAAGCGGCUGAAAUUGGAGGAGCAGGUUCGUCAGCUGGAACAGGAGAAGCAAGAGCUGCUGAAAAUCAGCAGCCAACCUGAAGGGCAACAAGAGAAGUUGAGGAGAUCAAGCAUCGAGGAGGAAAACUCUCGGUUGAGGAAGAUGGUGGAGGAUGUGCAGAGGCAGCUGGAGGUUUCCUUGUUAACCCAAAGCACUGCUCAUGACUUAGAGCAGUGCCUAAAAACACUAAAUUCAUCUGAAAAGCUAAAAGAAUCUCAGGAGACUGUUAUGUGGUUAGAAAAGACAAUUGGGCACUGUGCAAGUCAAUUGCAGUCAUUAACUCAAGAGCUGGAAACCAUCAAGGCUUCUGACCAAAUCAAGGACAGUACCAGUAGUAUACAAGCUAGACCCAAUGUUGAAGAACAGAAGAAUCUAAAGUUCUUGGCAAAGACUGACAGGGCUCUAAAUGAAAAGGGGCAACAAACAGCUAGCCACUGCGACUCUACACAGAAGAUUCACGAACUUCGAGACCAUUUCAGUGUGACAGAGAAAGAGAUUGAAAUGCAGAAAAAAAGAAAUGAGCAAGAAUCUCAGACUGAAAAAUUGACUGAUGAGUUAAUGCUCAGAGAAGAUGCUGUAGGAGAAAUUGAAUCAAAAUUUAGCAGUCUCACUAUAAUCUCUGCAGAAGAAAACUCUAACGUAAAUCAACAAGUGGAAAAUUUAAAAAAAAACAAAGAUAAGUGUGAAGAAGCCCCGACAGUAAAAGAAAAGGAAGCCUCUAAUCUGCAAAUGCAGCUGCAGGAUCUGCAAAGGCAUGCUGAAUUGCUGGAAAAGCAGAAUAAAGAGAAAGAGAUUAGGAAGGAGAUGCAACAGAAGUAUGACGCUCUGAAGGAAAGUCUUGAGGAACAGAUACAUUCUCUCACUGAACAACUAAAUGCCAAAGAAAAAGAUCUGUCUAACAGCAACAUAAAUAUUCAGAAGCUAGACGAUCACCGAGUCAAGAUCAUCAACGAGAAAGAAGGUCUAAUUAAUACCAUUGCAGAGUUAAAAGAAAACAUGAAACGACAAUCAGAAAAACUAGAGCAAUCUAAAAUGGAGUGUUCCAAUUGGAAGUCACUGAAUGAGAAACUGCAACAGACAAUAAAGAGGACUGAGGAAACCAAUAAAGAACUCAUGGAAAUCAGAACUGUACAAGAAGAUGAACUGGCUAGCCUUCGGGCUUCUGAGAAGCAUCUGCAGAGUCAGAUAGAAGAUACCAUGGUCACUGUAGAUGAAAAGGAAAAGAAACUCAGGGAAGAAAACAGACAUUUAGAUGAGAGUUAUCAGAAAGCUUUAAUGCAAAAUGCAGUUUUUGAAGAAGCAAUAAAGAAGUUUGAGGUUGAGAAUAAAGAUCUAAAGCAAGAUGAAGCACAUCUAAAGGAAGAAAUAUCCUCACUGAAGAUAGACAUGAAGCAGCAUGUUAAAGAGCUGGAGAAGAAUAUUGCAGCACUAAAGAAAAGUGAGAAAUCCCUUGAGGAGCAGCUUCAAGAAAAACACAGACUUUUAGAAGAGAAGGAAAAGUUUAUUGAUGGACUUUUAGACAAAUCAGUUACAUUUGAGAAACAGGUAAGGGAAUUGGAGAGAGAGAAGCUAAACUUGGAGAAUGCCUUUCUGCAGCAAACCAAGUCAAUGGAAUCUCUCACCACAGAGAAGGCUUCUGUGGAGAAAGAGAUCAACUCACAGAUGUCUGUGGCUGAAAGGCAACUUGAGUUAAACAUGAAAGAAGUAGGAAGAUUUCAAGCAGAGGUUAUUGACCUAAGAGCCAAAUUUCAGAGUGCCAAUGAGGAAAGGAUGAAAACCCAGGCCAAGUUAAAUGUGACCGAAGCCUCUCUAGAAGAAUUGAGAACCUUUACAGAGCAACUGAAGGGACAGAUUGAGUCACUUAACCGAAACCAUGUGCAGGAACUUGUGCAGUUUAGGGAGAAGGAGGACUGUCUGAGAAAAGAUAAGGAAUCUGAAGCCAAGGCCUGGGCUAAACAUGAAACUAUGACGGCAUCUCUUAAAGAUCAGCUGUCGGUGCUUAAACAGUACUUAGAAAAACUUGAGUUGGAAAACACGGAAACUAAGGAAUUACUUCAAAGGGCAAACGUGGAAAUGGCUGAGCUUGGUAUUCAGAUCUGUACCCUCACCUCAGAAAAAGAACAUGCUAAAGAAAAAUGGACAAGAGUUUCUCUUCAGCUUCAGGAGCAAUGUGAAGAAGCAGAAAAAGAGAUAAACAAGUUAAAUGCCAGCAUGGCUGCUGUAAGACAGGAGAACGAAAGCCUUCAGGAGGAGCUGAAGCAAUCAGAGAACCUUGCAGACGCAAUCCUUGACCUACAAACUAAGUUAGAGAAAACUGAAAAACAGGCAAAGAGUCUCCAGGAAACAUCCAAAGAAGAGGUCUUUGCUGUUAAGUUUCAGAUGAGCAGCGAAGUUCUUAGCUAUCAAAAUAAAAUCAAGAGUGUCACAGAAGAAUUGGAGAAUAUUAAAGGACAGUUGAAAGAGCAUGAAGAAAAGAUGUUUGACCUGGAAGCAACAGCCUCACAAUUAAAGGUGGUAAAUAGUGAUUACUCAAAGCAGCUGGAUGAAAAAGCAGAGCAAGUGAAACAUUCUGAAACAUUAAUCCAACAAAAUGCUGAAGAGCUACAGUCUUUAAAAGAUCAUUUGGCAAGAAUUCAAGAAGAAUUAUUGGUGUCGCAAAAACAAAGCAAGGAGUACAGAGAUGAACUUGACAAGACAGUGGCCGAAAAGCAAAAAAAACAACUGGAGCUCUUGGCUGAACUUGAUGAUUUGACUCGAACCAAGCAGAACCUAGAGGAGCGACUCAUUGAACUGAUUAAGGACAAAGAUGCCCUCUGGCAGAAAUCAGAUGCCCUGGAGUUUGAACAAAAGCUUCGUGCUGAAGAGCGCUGGCUUGUUGAUAGGGAGACUAAUCACUGUCUAGACUGUCAGAGUCCAUUUACAUGGUGGCUUCGCCGACACCACUGCAGACUUUGUGGUCGCAUAUUUUGCUAUUACUGCAGCAACAACUUUGUGAUGACCAAGCACAGUGGUAAAAAGGAGCGUUGCUGCAGAGAAUGCUACAUGCAGCACAGUGCAGUGAUUGAGAGGUUUAGCCAGGCAGAUGCAUGCAGUGCUCUCGAAACUCCUGAGGGAUCUCCAUCCCUCUCUGCUCAAGCACCACCACGACCAACACCAAGUGUCACAGUUACAGAUGGAGUUUCAAAGCAAGAUGAUGUUACCUUUGAUAUUAUCACAGAUGAGGAGCUUAAUGUAAUCGAUGACAGUGAUGCUUUGCCUCCAACUGAUGCUGAGGCCCCAGAUAGCCUGAAAGAGUCAUUUGAGCAGGGCACAGCAGAACAGAAUACAAGCUCAGAAGUAAUAACCCCAGAUGAACUAGAGCCAACAGUUCAAGAUGCUGAGAUAUACUUGUUGAAGUCUGGAGAAAUGACGUUACGAGUCCCCCUGAAUAUUGAAGAGAUCACACAGUUUGGAGAUGGUCGUAGAGAACUGUUCAUUAAGUCCAGCUGCUACAGCGUCAUCCCCAUUGCUGUUGCUGAAGCUGGCCCCAUCAUUAGUUGGGUUUUUGUUUCUGAGCCAAAAAGUAUCUCAUUCGGCAUUGUGUACCAAGAGUCGUCGGAAAGCCCCUUAGAACAGUCAAAGGUUUUAAUUCCUUUGACUCGAUGCAAUUCCCACGAGGAAACUGUUCAGGGCCAGCUGAAAGUCAGGAAUCCUGGUUUGUACAUGCUCAUAUUCGACAACUCAUUUUCCAGAUUCAUCUCAAAGAAAGUUUUUUACAACUUGACAAUUGAGAAGCCCAUAAUCUACGAUGGAAGUGAUUUCCCAUAAUAUGGGAAUUGUUCUUAUUUAUAUAUUUGUUUAUUUUAAAGUACCCGCACCCUCAUUAUGCCUCUGUCUCUAGGUGACAAGUACUGUAUGUGUGAAAAUGAAAUAUGCAGUUAGAGUAGGGGAUUUUUAUAGGAUUUUUGUUGUUGUUGGGGGAAAAAGGUUUAAAGUAUGUAGUUAUUUAAAGUAUGCAGCAAUAUUUUUACAAAAACAUUUUACUUGUCAAAUACAUGAGGUUGCAUCUGAUGAUCCUGGAAGGCAGUAACUUCAUCUUCCAGGUGUAACAGCAUGUGUAAAUGCCAGCCUCAUAACAUAACAUAGCAUUUUUAAGUGCAAUGCGGAAAAUAUCCAAAGUAAAACUAAACAAAAGCACUCCCAUUUGUGCCAUAGUUCGUAGAAACAUAUUCUCUUUCAGUUUGUAAUGUACAGUAUAGAAUUGCCCAAACCCUAUAUUCAAAGGGUCAUAAGCCAUUGAUCAUGAGAUUUAUAACUUAUUUACAGUACAUGUUUUUUGUUACUUUUACAGAUAAAGUUUGAUUCUAGCAACAUUGAAAGAUAGCACCACUAUAGUUAGGGAUGAGUAAGCAGUUUAAUGUUAAACCCUAAUUUCUGUGU